AUGAUCAACACAGUCAUGGAUGAGCUGGUUUCGGUGAUAUAUAAGCGCCAUAGGGUUAUGUGGGCUGAUCUGGAGGCUGUUUGGCCAUGGGCUUGCAAGGUUACCUUCAUGAAGUUUUAUGCUUGUGGGUCUCCUUGUUUCAUGGGAAAGAGGGAGCCUAUUAUCAGUAUUCGUUGGAUCGUCGAUGUGGGGAGUGCCUUUCUCACCGACUUUUGUCCGGCGGAGGCCAAGUUUAGAUUUGCAGCGUGUCUGUUGCUCGAUGAAGCUAGGUUUUGGUGGUGUGAUGUUUUCCUGGGCCUAGAACUGAUGGGUUUUGAGAAUUCUAACACUUCAUAUGUGUACAUGCAAACCUAA